GACUCCUGUCCCCAAAGUGGCAGCAGAUUCUUGGUGGACAGUUCUCAUAUCCUUGGAAAUGUGCAAAAGAUUAUCUUUAGAAAAACAGCUUUUAUGAAGCAAGAGGGACUUUUCUUCACCUGCCAGACAUGUUUAAAAGCUGCUCAGAUCAAAGUGCAAGUAGCAGAGGGACCCGUCCAUCUAACACAGCAUGCUGCUCUGAUCUCAGGGAGUCUCACACCUGUUCAGCUCUUUCAAGGAACAGGAGAUGUCCUCCACGUGCAGAUUCUGGAAUAUCAUCCUGGCUUCCACCAGAUUCUUAUAAAUACCUUGCGUGGUACAAUAUAGAACAGCAUGAUAUUCAAGGAAGUCAGCUACAUUGCCCAAGAAUAAGAAAAGGACCCUCUGAAGAAUGGUUACUCUCCAGACAAAUGGGAUGCAUCUUGGCUCCAAAGAACAGAGUCCUUGAGAAAAACAAAUGGGAAAUGUGGUUGCAGGAAAACUGGGAAGAUUGCAAGCAGUUGAACAUUUCAUUUCAGGAUUUGGGGGACCCUUAUCAACUUGAAAAUUUCAACAGGAUUCUUAGAAGAUUGAUUCGAGUAGAAACCCUAUGGUUGGUGGAUAAUUCACUGGUGGAUCUAAGUGCCAUAAGAUUGCCAAGAGUGUUCUCCUGUUUGCCAAACUUAAAGAUUCUAGAUGGGAUCUUGAAGUUACCUGAAGACUGUUCACCUCCAGAACUUAAUUCUUUUUCAAAAUUAUGUAUUUUAUCAUAACACACUCUACAUAGAAAGAAAUCAGUUAACUGUUGCUGAUAAACAGCUAAAUAUAAAGGAGAAAAAAUAUAACUUACUGCUUAUUAUUAUACUACCAAAUAACAUCAGUGAAUCGGCAGUUUUUAAAAGGCUAAUUACAACCGUGAAACAAGGUUCUGAUUGGUUUUAGUGUUCUGGAGCAAAUGAACCAAUGUUUUUAUCACUGCAAGUGUAUGUUUGCAUCUCUCUUAUUUGUUGUAUCUCAAAAGAAGAAUUAGUCUUUCGUUUUUGUUUAGAAUUUCUGAACAAUCAAAUCAAACCAUUCACACUACUUUAUAAAAUGCCUUGGGAAACCUGUGGCUAAUAAAAUCUUUAUUUCUGUA